GGAAGGGGGAGGGAGGGAGGCGCGGCUGAAAGGCGCAUUGAUGCAGCCCACGGCGGCCUAGGAGCGCGGCGGGGCCAGACGCUGACCACGUCCCGGCUCCGUCUCCUCCUCCGCCUCCUGCUCCGCGUCCCCAGCCAACCCCGCCAUGCGCCCCCAGGGCCCCACAGUCUCCCUGCUGUGGCUCCUCGGCCUCCUGCUGCUUCUGCUGCUGCAGCUGCCGGCGCCGUCGAGCGCCUCCGAGAUCCCCAAGGGGAAGCAAAAGGCGCAGCUCCGGCCGAGGGAGGUGGUGGACCUGUACAAUGGAAUGUGCUUACAAGGGCCAGCUGGGGUGCCUGGUCGAGAUGGGAGCCCUGGGGCCAAUGGCAUCCCUGGUACCCCUGGCAUCCCCGGUCGGGAUGGAUUCAAAGGAGAAAAGGGGGAAUGCCUGAGGGAAAGCUUUGAGGAGUCUUGGACACCCAACUACAAGCAGUGUUCAUGGAGUUCCCUCAAUUAUGGCAUAGAUCUUGGAAAAAUUGCAGAAUGUACAUUUACAAAGAUGCGUUCCAACAGUGCUCUAAGAGUUUUGUUCAGUGGAUCACUUCGGCUAAAAUGCAGAAAUGCAUGCUGUCAGCGUUGGUAUUUCACAUUCAAUGGAGCUGAAUGUUCAGGGCCUCUUCCCAUUGAAGCCAUAAUUUAUUUGGACCAAGGAAGCCCCGAACUGAAUUCAACAAUUAAUAUUCAUCGCACUUCUUCUGGUAUGUAAAAUAGUGACAUUGCAGAAUGUGCCUCAUAUCUAAAUAAGAUUAGUUUUGAGUCCCACUAUCAUGUUGGGUCACUAGCCCAAUAUAAAAUGACCUUUAACAAGCUUUCAGUAUGUGAUUCUCCUCCUUGAGUUGCACUUCACCAUUACCUAUAGAUCUUUUAAAAAAUAUAUGGAUACCUGGGCCCCAUCUCUGACCAACUGACUCAGAAUCUCUAGGGGUAAGACCCUGGCAUCUGGAUUUUUUAAAAGAUCCUCUGAUGACUCUUAUGUGCCCCAGGGUUGAAAAUCAAUGAGGUGGA